CAGUGCUCAUAGAUAGUGUGAGUGUGUGAGUGAAAAAGAGCGGGAGUUGGAGAUUGAGAGGAUGGGUAAAGGAGCGUAAAGGGGUAACACACACAAUCGAGAGAGGGAGUGAAAGAGGGAGCAGAUUGAUAGAGAGAGAGAACUGUGAAAUCAGCCAACACUCCCAGACGCGAGGUUCUUGAUUACUGUCAAGCGCGCACACCAUUCGGAUAUCACUCCUGUGACAGCCAGGAUGAGUUCGUGCAGUAGCAGAGCGCUGACCAUCCUGUCCACGGUGUUUGGGGCGUGUGGUCUGCUGCUGGUGGGCGUGGCUGUGUCUACAGACUACUGGCUGUUGAUGGAGGAGGGCAUCGUGCUGCAGCAGAACCAGAGCAUGGAGGUCAAGAUGGCCCUGCACUCUGGCCUCUGGAGGGUCUGCUUUGUGGCUGGGACAGAGAAUGGAAGAUGUGUGGCGUCAGAGUAUUUCACUGAGCCAGAGAUAGAGAUCACUACAGAGAAUACUGCUAAUAUUCUGAAGAUGGUGCGGACGGCCACUCCGUUCCCCAUGGUGUCUCUGCUCUUCGUCUUCACGGCCUUUGUCAUCAGUAACAUCGGACACAUCCGGCCCCAGCGCACCAUCCUGGCCUUCGUCUCCGGGAUCUUCUUCAUCCUCUCAGGCCUGAGUCUGGUGGUGGGGCUGGUGCUCUACAUCUCCAGUAUUAAUGAUGAGGUGAUGAACAGACCGAGGGAGCCUGAACAGUUCUUCAACUACCACUACGGCUGGUCGUUUGCCUUCGCAGCCUCCUCCUUCCUACUCAAGGAGGGGGCUGGGGUGAUGUCAGUCUAUCUGUUUAUGAAACGUUAUGCUGAGGAGGAGAUGUACCGCCCCCACCCAGCCCUCUACCGCCCCCGUCUGUCUGAGUGCAGCGACUACAGCGGCCAGUUCCUCCACCCUGAGACCUGGCCUCCUCCUAAGAGGGGCCGCAGUGACUCCCGGGCCUCCAGCGACAUCUCCAUCCAGAUCAACCAGACCCCCCCGCAGCCCACCAAAAACCCCCUGCAGGGCAACCAAGGUGGGGGCAUGGGGUCCAACAUGGGCCCUGGGUCUGGGUCCUCCUCUGGAGCUAGCUACCAGCUGCCCCCACCGUCUGGGGCCUACAACACCCACACACUCCAACACCAACACUCACACGGAAACUCCCAGGCCAUGGCCAUGCCCCCUUCCACCGGCCCCCCUCAUUACCACACACACAUGCACAUGGACGCCUCCCCCUGUUAGAGAGAGGGAGCAAGGGACAGGGGUGCGCUGAUGGUGGCCUAUCACUCCCAUAGACACACACACAUUUAUGAUGAAAAACGAUAUACAGUAUAUAUAUAUAGAGAGUAAUGCUAUAGGGGGAGAUGGAGAGAGAUGGAGCGAGGUGGAGAUGGAGGGAGGUGGAGAUGGCGGUAGGGAGAUGCAGGCAGCUGGAGAUGGACAGAAAAGAGGGAGAAAGUAAGUGUGAAGAUCAAGAAAGAUGGAGUAAGUGUGAAAGGGGAGAAGGAUUCAGGGAUUAGAGUUAGCAUACAUUUGUUAUUAAAAGCUGAGAGAUGGGCAGAGAGAGAGAAAGGGGGUUCAGGAGAGGUGGAGGAGUUGUCAAUGAUGAGAGAUGAGGGGGGUGGAGAGAAAGUGACAGAGAAAAAAGUAUGUGAUUUCUUGAAAGACUUUAGAGGUUAGCAUCUGUGACAAAAGGGGCUGAGAGGGAGAAAGGAAUAGACAUUGAAAAUGAGAGAGACUGGAGAGAGAGGGAGAAAGGGAGAGACAGGGAGAAUGAGAGAGACAGGGAGAGAGGGAGAAAGGGAGAGAUAGGGAGAGACAGGGAGAAUGAGAGAGAGAGGGAGAGAGAGGGAUAAAGGGAGAGACAGGGAGAAUGAGAGAGACUGGGAGAGGGAGAGAGAGGGAGAAAGGGAGAGACAGGGAGAAUGAGAGAGACAGGGAGAGGGAGAGAGAGGGAGAAAGCGAGAGACAGGGAGAGAGGAAGAGACAGGGAGAGUGAGAGUGACAGGGAGAGAGUGGGAGAGAGAGGGAGAAAGGGAGAGACAGGGAGAAUGAGAGAGACUGGGGGAGGGAGAGAGAGGGAGAAAGGGAGAGACGGGGAGAAUGAGAGCGACUGUGAGAGGGAGAGAGAGGGAGAAAGGGAGAGACAGGGAGAGAGGGAGAGACAGGGAGAGAGGGAGAGACAGAGAUAAUGAGAGAGACAGGGAGAGAGGGGGAGAGAGAGGGAGAAAGGGAGAGACAGGGAGAGAGGGAGAGACAGAGAUAAUGAGAGAGACAGGGAGAGAGGGAGAGAGAGGGAGAAAGGGAGAGAGGGAGAGAGGGAGAGACAGAGAUAAUGAGAGAGACAGGGAGAGAGGGAGAGAUAGGGAGAAAGAGGGAGAAUGAGAGGCUGCAGCUAAACCUGAACCUACCGCAGUUCUGCGGAAACGAGGGAUUUGUAUUCACUUGAGAUGUACAACGCUAAACACGGUCUUUCACUCCUACACACUUAUAUGUGCAUAGGUUUAUACAUAUACUUAUCCAUGGUAAUGAUAAUAAUAAUAACGUGAGUUAAAAUAAUAAAACAAUAUUAGAAUAUCUGUAAGAAUAUAUUAAUGUUUUUUUAAAUGUUUGAAUACACAUUAACAUGAAUGUGACGAUGUUCUGAAAUCUAUAGGGGAGAAUUCUACUGUAUAUGUAGAUAUAAUAUUAUAUAUCUAGCUGAAGUGAAUAUGAAUAUGUGUAUGUGACCCGGGGAGUGAGUGGAAUGAUAUUUUAAAGAUAAUUAAUUUUGAUCUUGAUUAUGUACAUUUUAUUGCAAAUAUAUACAAUUAUUGUAUAUUGUUGAAUUGCUGUGAAUUGACACAGUGUGACAGAGUUAGAACUGAAAUCAACCAAAAAUGUUACCCUGACAUUGGAUUUAGGUGGGUGAAGAAAAUACAUAAUUCCCUUAUGUUAAUGACUUUUCUCAAAUCCAGUCAGUUUUCCACGUUGAGUCAACACCAUCACAUUAAAUUGUGUGGUUGAAAUGACGUGGAAACAACGUUGAUUCAACCAUUUUUUGCCCAGUGGGGUGUUUCAACAGUUUGGUACGAUGUGAAAGAACUCAACAGGAGAAAGCAAUAGCAUGGUAUACGUCCGUCAUAUAGUUUUUUCCUGUUCUAUAUCUCUAAGAACAGAUAGAG